UGCAUUGUGGGAACCCCGGGGCCGCGGCGACUGGUUCCAGUUCACUGGUUCCAGCGCAGCCGGGCGGAGGGCGCGAGCGCGGGUCGCGCGGGCGGGAAGCGAGGAGGCACGCGGGGCCGGCAGGAGCGCGGAGAGAAAAGGCGCGAGCGGCCGACGGGGCCCAGGCUGGACACCUUGCCGCUGCCGCCGAGUCGCCCCUAUACUUACUGACCCACUUCCAAGGCCACCACCAUGUCGAGCCGUGGUGGAAAGAAGAAAUCCACCAAGACCUCCAGGUCAGCCAAGGCAGGGGUCAUCUUCCCCGUGGGGCGGAUGCUGCGGUACAUCAAGAAAGGUCACCCCAAGUAUAGGAUCGGAGUAGGGGCACCUGUGUACAUGGCUGCUGUCCUGGAAUACCUGACAGCUGAGAUCCUGGAGCUGGCUGGCAAUGCAGCGAGAGACAACAAGAAGGGGCGGGUCACACCCCGGCACAUCCUGUUAGCUGUGGCCAAUGAUGAAGAGCUAAACCAGCUGCUAAAAGGAGUCACCAUAGCCAGCGGGGGUGUGUUGCCAAACAUCCAUCCUGAGCUGCUAGCAAAGAAGAGAGGAUCCAAGGGAAAAUUGGAAGCCAUCAUCACACCUCCACCAGCCAAAAAGGCCAAGUCUCCAUCCCAGAAGAAGCCAGUGGCUAAGAAAGCAGGAAGCAAGAAAGGGGCCCGGAAGUCCAAGAAGAAGCAGGGAGAAGUCAGCAAGGCAGCCAGCGCAGACAGCACAACUGAGGGCACACCUGCGGAUGGCUUUACUGUCCUCUCCACCAAGAGCCUCUUCCUCGGCCAGAAGCUGAACCUUAUUCACAGUGAAAUCAGUAAUUUAGCCGGCUUUGAGGUGGAGGCCAUAAUCAAUCCUACCAAUGCUGACAUUGACCUUAAAGAUGACCUAGGAAACACUCUGGAGAAGAAGGGUGGCAAGGAGUUUGUGGAAGCUGUUUUGGAACUCCGGAAAAAGAACGGACCCCUGGAAGUAGCUGGAGCUGCUGUGAGUUCAGGCCAUGGCCUACCUGCCAAGUUUGUGAUCCACUGUAAUAGUCCAGUUUGGGGUGCAGACAAGUGUGAAGAACUUCUGGAAAAAACGGUGAAAAAUUGCUUGGCCCUAGCUGAUGAUAAGAAGCUGAAAUCCAUUGCAUUUCCAUCCAUUGGCAGCGGCAGGAAUGGGUUCCCGAAGCAGACAGCGGCCCAGCUGAUUCUGAAGGCCAUCUCCAGUUAUUUUGUGUCCACCAUGUCUUCCUCCAUCAAAACCGUGUACUUUGUGCUUUUUGACAGUGAGAGUAUAGGCAUCUAUGUGCAGGAAAUGGCCAAGCUGGAUGCUAACUAGGCCAGUGUCCCCAGAGCCAGCCCAUACCAUGUCCCCUGCCUCCAACUGGAAAGAAAGAAAAAAGGAAAAAAAAAAAAAAACCCUUCAUUUUUACUGGGAGGCAGGAUCCAUUUUGUUUCAGUUUUGCUCAUCUAGGGAAAAUAAGGUUUUGGUUUCCAGUUCAAUUGUUUUUGACCUUCUAAAAUGUUUUUCUGUUAGCACUGAUAGUUGACAUUACUAUUGUUAAGCACUGUGUUCCAGACUGUGUCUGACUUAGUGUAACCUAGGAGAUUUUAUAGUUUAUUUUAAUGAAAUCCUGAUUGACGCAGAGUGGUGGGGAGGAUGGUCUCUUUUACAUGUCGAAGCAGCAGGAAACCCCAUCUGUAACCAUGUGUUGUGCUUUAUUGUACACCCAGUGGCGUUCUUUUUACUAUUAUUUUUCCCCCCUGAGAAGAAAAAUCAUGAAUUUGCAACAGACCUAACUUUUUGUUUACUUUUUUGUCUUAAUGAUGGAUUUGAAAAUGAAAAAUUUUAAAGACAGAACAGAAUCUGUUGUCCUUAAUUAUAUUUGCAAUUUGAAAUUUGUAUGAAUUGAUUUAGUAAAAUGUUAAGCUGUUGUUUUGACUGA